GCGGCGCGGCGCGGCCGUGCGGGGCCCGGAUCCUUUUCCCGCGCCCAGGCGGUGCCGGUGCCGGUGCCGGUGCCGUCCCCGGCCCGAUCCAUGACCCGCUGGGCCCGGCGGAACGCCCCGCCCGAGGCCCGGGCGCUGCCCGCCACCCCCUGGGAGCAGCUGAGCGCCGAGCCCGAGCCGCGGGCGGCCAAGAGCCCCCAGGCGGAGGAGGAGGAGGCGAGGAGGAAGGACAGGCGGAGGGAGAGCAGGAGGCUGAGGAGGCAGGAGAGGAAGAAGAACGCCAUGGUGUGUUUCCACUGCAGAGAGCCUGGCCACGGCGUGGCUGAUUGUCCUGCAGUGCUGGAGAGCCAGGACAUGGGGACAGGGAUCUGCUACCGCUGUGGAUCCACAGAGCACGACCUCAGCAAGUGCAGAGCCAAGGUGGAUCCAGCUGCUGGGCCAUUUCCAUAUGCAAAAUGUUUCAUCUGUGGUGAGAUGGGGCAUCUGUCCAGGUCGUGUCCGGAUAAUCCCAAGGGGUUGUAUGCUGAAGGUGGGGGCUGCAAACUUUGUGGCUCUGUGGAACACUUCAAGAAGGACUGCCCAGAGAAGCAGAAUGCAGAGCAGGUGACGGUCGGGCGCUGGACCCCCGGCCUGAGCGCUGACCACGAGGACGUCGCGGCCGCGCCGGCGCUGCAGAGAGCCCAGCCCAAGCCACCCAAAGUUGUCACGUUCUGAAGGCCUCCUGGCUCCCAGACAGUUCUCCUGCACUGCUGCACUCCAGAGACAGGAUCCAGAAAGUCACGCAGGCUGCAGAGGAAUUCUUGGGUUUUUGUCUCUCCUCGUUUUCCCAUUUUGCCCCCCAAAGUUGCCUGGCUCACUGUGAGGCUGGGAACAACAGGAACACAGCAAGUGGCUAUUUUAUUAAAGGAAUUGUGGGUGUUUUUUGAAGGUUAUUGUCGGAUUCCAGUUUGGUUUUGCCUUUUUGUUUUAGGAAUAAUGAACUUAUUCCUGCAUACGUUCCAGCUCGAGCAGUCUGGUGGUGAAGUUACAGAUCAGCCCUGAGGGCUGCCGAGCUUGGGGUGCAGCUCCUGAUGGUUGUGGUUGUGAUUCUAAGCCAUUAACCUGACUGGUCGUGCACAUUGGGUCAUUUGAGUGUAUUCACUAACAGAAUCAAGCCCUUCCUCUGAAACCCGUGGUGAAACACACCCUGAAGAAUAGGAGAGCAAGUGAGAAGCUUUCUUAGUUUAUUUUCUUCUUUUUCAAAGAAAACGCCCAAAAAUCUGCAGUGUUUCCAUGCCUUGAUAAGCUGGGGGUAAAUUUUUUUUGUAUUGCACCUGCCUGCUUUAUGGCAGACUUAUUAUUUUUAAAUGGAAACUGCAGCCUUAGAAAAACUGGUGGAAAUGGAAAAGAAAAAUUAGGAAACCAACUCCAGAAUUCCUGCAGCCAUCAGUAUUACUGGAGAAGUGCAUCCUGAACUCGCCUCACACACUUUGCUUGCAGCAAAAUACAAAUACGGGGAAUGAAAUUGUGUGGAGGUAUCUUAUAUUUGUACAGGUAAUUAUUUUUAAUAAA